UGAUAAUACCGUUAAUUUUAAAUUGCAAUAGAGUUAAAUUGGAUCUGUGCUAUCGCUGACAGUUUGUUAUCCAAUACUUGGCGGGACGAUCUGUAGAUUUUAAGGCACCACAUGGGAUUGAUCCUUGCCGAAAGAGCGACAGCUGGCGUUCUCCACCAAAACGACGCGCGUUCGUCGCUCGCCCAUCAGAUAUCUUCCAAGAACUCAAACCGGAUUUAUAUUUCGAAAGUAAACUCUUUGUUUUGGAGGUUCUGGGCUUGAAAGAGCUCCAGACCUCGUUACCCCACGUGUAGGCCAUGGCCGAACAGGAAAGCCACAAGCGUACGAAAUCAGCACUGUCGUUACUACGCCGUAACCCAGCCAAAAUCGACGACGAAGGGGUGUCUGAUUCUGGGUCCGUCGGAAGUAGCUCACAACCAACCUUGCACCCGAGCGUGUCAGGCACCUCAUCACUGUCGAGAUCACCUACGAUGGCUGGGAUAACGAAAACCGUUUCGGAUUCCGGCCGGAGCGCCAAGUUGCCAGCUGCCGUGGCACCGGACAAAACAUUAUCAAUUGAACAGUCGGUGCGCAAGUUCAGAAUAUUCGAAGCCUUGAGGGGUGGCGACACGGCUCAGAUAUCCAAGAGCAUUCGCGAGGCGUCCGAGGGAGCUAAUGCGGCCAGCCACCUUGAGGAUACGACGAUUUUACAUUUGGCGAUACAAUGCGCGGAACUUCCGGUUGUCGAGUAUGUCAUAUCAGAUGGUGCAUCCGCUAUCGAUGUAAAUGCAAAGGACAAAGAUGGAAAUACUUCGCUGCAUCUUGCUGCACUGCAAGGCAGGGGCCAGAUUGUGCGGCUGUUGCUUGCGCAAACCGGAAUCAACGACUCCAUCGCCAACACUGCUGGUAAACUUCCACUGGAUUUGGCGCGAACACCGGAUAUUUUCCAGCAGCUGCAACUUUCCAGGUCGUUGUUUGUCGAUACCAAGAUCAAAGAAAUUCAACUACUCAUCUCCGGCGGCAACUAUAAAGCGCUUAGUGAUGUGCUCGAAGAGCCGCGCGUAAAGACUGUGCUGGAUAUUAACGGCGGGGAGUUCGCAUCUGAAAUAAGCACGGUUCAAUCGGGUGGCACCUUGCUACACGAAGCAGCCCGAAGGAAAAAUACCCAGCUUAUUCAAGUUCUCUUGCUGCAUGGUGCCGACCCAUUCCGACGUGAUAGGAGAGGCAAGCUUCCCCAGGAUGUCACCAAGGAUGAGGCGACGAGGGCUAUGCUUAAGAGGUCUCCGGCUGCAGUUGCUGCGCAGAGAGGUAUUCAAGAAAAGGCCGUACUGGGCAACUUGUCACAAACUGCUGCUGGCACCACCACCGGGGCCGCAGAUGCCCUCGCAGCUAAAGAGUCGCGAGAAAUGAAAGGCUACCUAAAGAAAUGGACAAACUAUCGCAAGGGCUAUCAGCUGCGUUGGUUCGUGCUUGAGGAUGGGGUAUUAAGCUAUUAUAAGCACCAGGACGAUACUGGCUCGGCAUGCCGCGGGGCUAUCAACAUGCGCAUUGCCAAACUGAACAUGGACCCAACUGAGAAGCAGAAGUUUGAAAUCAUCGGAAAAUCUUCUGUGAAGUACUCCCUGAAAGCCAAUCACGAAGUUGAAACCAAAAGAUGGUUCUGGGCCCUGAACAACUCGAUCCAGUGGACAAAGGAUCAGGCGAAGGAGGAGUAUAAGCAGAGGGAACGUGUUUCUGAGCUCCUUCGUCAGGCCAAAGCCGAGCAAUCAGAAAGAACUUCUAGGGACCAUUCGUCGACUAACUUGGCGCCUGAAAGCAUUUCCGGAAGUGAUAUUCGCCGAGGCAGCAUGCAGAGCGUUAGAGCGACGCCUACGAGCGAGCCAUCCCGCCAGCCAAGCCAGCGUGUUACAUUUAAGGAAACAAGUGUUGCUGGUAGUGUGCUAGAUGAAGAAGAAGAAGAAUGCACCGCAUACGGUUCAUACGAGGCGAGCUUUGUGAACGAUGUAACUCGUACCGCAAGUAAUAACGUCAACCAACAAUACGAUGGUGACUACGAGGAAGACUACGGCGAUGAUACAAGCAGCCGAGAGCGUGUACCUGUCAGCAAGGAUGCGUUCGAUAUCACCGCACAAUCCGCCAAGUUACAACUUGACAUGAUGAGCCAAGUCCACACUGCUAUACUGUCAGAACAAAGCCAGAACCCAGGUGCAACCAUCUCAGACCCUUUGGUCAGACAGGCACUAUCCACCUAUGACAAUUCUAUUCGAAGCCUUAACGGUCUUUUGAGCGACAUGACCAAGAUCUCGAAAGACCGAGAUGACUACUGGCAACGACGACUGGAUCACGAAGCAGAAUUGCGUCAAAUGUGGGAAGAUAGCAUGGCACAAGUUGCCCGUGAGCAAGAAGUCUUGGAAGCUAGAGUCGGUGAAUCAGAGGAGAAGCGGAAGCGCACGAAGCGGGCUCUGCGAGAAGUGAUUGAGAGCACCAGCAGACCAGAAAGCAGGGGUUCUGUUCACGAAGCUGGGCUUGUCGAGGCAGUGGAAGCUAUCGAGGCUCCUGACGGCGUCGCUACUCUCAGGCGGCGUGCAUCUACCCGAAGCACAUUGCGCCGUAGGUCAAUAGUGGCAGACAUCCAAACCCUUGCCGAUUCGGAAUCAGAAGAUGAUGAAGAGUUCUUCGAUGCCGUAGAUGCUGGCGAGAUUGCCGUUGGCGAAAUGCAGAUGAGCCCAAAAUCAGAAGAACCUACCGGAGAAAAGAGCAUGCAACUCACUCUGGCUGGCGGUGUUGACUUGACUUUGUCCUACCACGGUUAUGAAGAUGGUAUUCGAAAACGCCUGAAGAUGGACGCCGAUGACAGGCCAAAGAUUUCACUCUGGAGUAUUCUCAAAUCCAUGAUUGGCAAAGAUAUGACAAAGAUGACGUUACCUGUCUCAUUUAACGAACCGACUUCCUUACUACAGCGAUGCGCUGAGGAUAUGGAAUAUACCGACCUUCUAGAUACUGCUGCCGGGCGGGCGGAUUCUACGGAGCGAAUGGUAUAUGUUGCAGCAUUUGCCGCAAGUGAAUAUGCUUCAACUAUCGGCCGUGUUGCAAAGCCUUUCAAUCCUUUACUCGGCGAAACCUUCGAGUAUGCUCGGCCAGACAAAGAGUUCCGCUUCUUCAUCGAGCAAGUGAGCCAUCACCCUCCUAUCGGAGCCGCUUGGGCAGAAUCGCCAAGGUGGACAUACUGGGGAGAGUCUGCUGUCAAAUCUAAGUUUUACGGGAAAUCCUUUGAUAUCAACCCUCUAGGCACAUGGUUCUUAAGGCUCCGUCCCACAAAUGGGGACAAAGAAGAGCUGUACACCUGGAAGAAGGUCACCUCUUCUGUCAUCGGUAUUAUCACUGGAUCCCCAACAGUUGAUAACUAUGGUAUCAUGGAAGUGAAGAACUGGACUACAGGCGAAGUUUCGACUGUUGAUUUCAAGCCACGAGGCUGGACCGCCAGCUCGGCCUACAACAUCAGUGGCCGCGUUCUUGAUGCCCGCGGCAAGCCACGCUUCAGCUUGGGAGGUAAAUGGGAUAGCAAGAUCUAUGCCAGGUUAACGCCCGGCUACGAAGCACCGAUUGAAGAGCCCAAAGGUGAGCUUCGCCACCAAGAUAGCGUCCUCGACGUGAACCAAGUUUUCCUAGUCUGGCAAGCAAAUCCCAGACCUACAGGAAUCCCCUUCAACUUGACGCCGUUUGUUGUUACUCUGAACGAUAUCAAUGAUAAGUUAAGGCCAUAUCUGCCGCCAACCGACACGAGAUUAAGACCGGAUCAAAGGGCUAUGGAAGAUGGCGAGUAUGCUUUGGCUGCGACUGAGAAGAACCGUGUUGAGGAGAAGCAGAGGGCUACAAGGAAGAGGAGAGAGAUGAAUGGAGAGGAGUUUGUUCCUCAUUGGUUCAAGAAGAAUAAGUGCCCGAUUACUGGUGAAGAGUACUGGGACUUCACUGGUCAGUAUUGGGAGGAGAGGGAGAAGGCUGGUAAGGGCGAGAGCAAUUGGGAUGGGGUUGAGCGCAUUUUCUAGAUUGUUUCCCUGUAAUAGUUUGGCUUGCGAUCGAUGAGAAUAAUAGAACGUGGAUAUGU